AUGGCCCCUGCAGGAUCACAAGCUGUGUUUGACAGCCUCCUGGCGAAAACACAUGUCCAGCAUGCCUUGGUUCAGGGAGACGGACGGCGUAACGAGGUUCCCGCUGUACCAGACGAAGAGACCAAGGCGCAAUUCCAACGGGCAUUCAUGACAUACUUCAGCAUAGAAAACGGCCGAUUCGCAGGCAACACCAAAGCGCUCGCUCUCACCCACAUCUUCACGGGCGACAAGCCUCUGCUCCAGGGCCUGUUCUCCGGCAUCGGCCAACCACUGACCCUACUCAGUGACGGCAUCGAAUUGCGCAAUUCCAUCCUCGUCAUGCAGGCCCUGACCCUCUCCGCCGUAGACUGGAUGGAGCCCAUCUCCGAGCUGCUGAUGGCCAACAACCCACACACCUCUUCAACAACAUCGGCGCCGCCGAGGUUCCCUAGAAGAAGCGAGCGCCAUCUCGCCCUCCCCCUCCUCUCCCCCGAAGAAAUCCUCCACCAGCUCGCCUACGACGGCCGCCUCAGCGGCGUCAUUAAAUCCGGCCCGGGCUUCCAUCCCCAGGCCGUCUCGCACAUCCUGUCCAACCCGGCCGCCCGCGCGGCCGUGGCCGAGUACGUCGACCGCCUCGACACGUCCGACCCACGACUGGUCCUCUCCCAGCUCGCUGCGCUUUCUACUCUGCUAACCUGCGCGACGCACAAGCCCGGGCAGGCGGCGUUUGACGUGUACCUGAGCCGGCUGCCGACCUGUGUGCACAGCGCGCUGGUGGUGAUGGAGAGCUGGGUGGAUGAUGCGGGGCAGAGGGAAAGUCUUGUGAGGGGGCUUUGGCUUGUGGUGGUGCUGGUGUACGUCACGCAGCUUCGGCCGGUGGUGGAUGGGAGGCUGCUUGUUUCGAAGGAGCUGGCGGAGGAGAGGCGGGGAUGGGAGGAGAUGAUGGAGGAGGUUCGAGGUCGGGUUGCCGGUUUGGAGGAGGGGGAGGAGGGUGGUGGUGAUUGGCGGUUUUGGAGGAUGUUGAGGAGUUUACGGGAAUUCUCCAAGGUGUAUGGCGUCGUGCACGGGAGGCUGUAUUUCCAUGCUGCGUGGAAGCUGGUCGGGCAGUGGCAGGGUUGGACGGGGCUUGGGGAUGAUCGUGAAGUGAUGCUGAAUAUUAGACUGUAA